CAACCUAUGUCCAAAUCACAACCUUUCUCUAGAACCCUCCACUCUCUUCCCAAAAUCCCCUGUUCCUUCUCAAUUCUUCCAUAUUUCCCCCACACUCCAUAAAACGACUUCCACCUCACUCACACACUCAUCUUCAAUUCUUAACUCAACAUUCGCAACACCAAAACUCACACAAAUCAAAUGUCUGCAACAACCACCUUUUCCCCAUCAUGCUCCUUCAAACCCCACAUCACCAACACCUUCAACCCAUCCUUAAAAACACCAUUUUUCGGCAAACCCACAUUAAACUUUCGAAGAUCAUGUGGUUUGAGACCUCAACGACGUCGUAUUUUGCGAGUUGUGAACGAGAAAGUGGUGGGAAUUGAUCUGGGUACGACGAAUUCAGCAGUAGCGGCAAUGGAGGGAGGACAACCGACCAUAAUUACGAACGCCGAGGGGCAGAGGACGACGCCGUCCGUGGUGGCGUACAGUAAAAACGGUGAUCGGUUGGUGGGUCAGAUUGCGAAACGGCAGGCGGUUGUGAAUCCAGAGAACACGUUUUUCUCAGUGAAGAGGUUUAUUGGGAGGAAGAUGAUGGAGGUUGAUGAAGAGUCCAAACAGGUUUCAUAUAAAGUAGUGAGAGAUGAUAAGGGGAAUGUUAAGUUGGACUGCCCUGCUAUUGGGAAACAGUUUGCUCCAGAAGAAAUCUCUGCACAGGUUCUGCGAAAGCUUGUGGAUGAUGCGUCAAAGUUUUUAAGUGAUAAGGUUACUAAAGCAGUAGUAACAGUCCCUGCAUAUUUCAAUGAUUCCCAAAGAACUGCAACGAAAGACGCUGGACGCAUCGCGGGUAUCGAAGUUCUUCGCAUAAUCAACGAGCCAACUGCGGCUUCGUUAGCUUAUGGUUUUGAAAAGAAAAACAAUGAGACAAUUCUAGUGUUUGAUCUUGGUGGUGGUACAUUUGAUGUAUCAGUUCUUGAGGUUGGGGAUGGAGUUUUCGAGGUACUGUCGACUUCCGGAGACACCCAUUUAGGAGGAGAUGACUUUGACAAGAGAAUUGUUGAUUGGCUUGCUGAAAGUUUCAAGAGGGAUGAGGGUAUUGAUCUUCUUAAAGAUAAACAAGCGCUUCAACGUCUUACGGAGACUGCUGAGAAAGCGAAAAUGGAGCUUUCCACUUUGACCCAAACGAAUAUUAGUUUGCCUUUUAUUACAGCAACAUCGGAUGGCCCCAAGCAUAUCGACACUACACUAACCAGGGCCAAAUUCGAGGAAUUGUGCUCAGAUUUACUCGACAGGCUUAAAACGCCAGUUGAAACGGCUUUAAAGGAUGCAAAUCUUUCGCUUAAAGAUAUUGAUGAAGUGGUUCUUGUUGGUGGGUCGACACGUAUACCAGCGGUUCAAGAACUUGUUGUAAAGAUGACUGGAAAAGAACCAAAUGUGACGGUUAAUCCGGAUGAAGUUGUUGCUCUUGGAGCUUCGGUCCAGGCCGGUGUGUUGUCCGGAGAUGUGAGCAACAUAGUAUUAUUGGACGUGACGCCAUUGUCACUUGGGUUAGAAACAUUGGGAGGCGUGAUGACGAAGAUCAUUCCAAGGAACACGACAUUGCCAACCUCAAAGUCGGAAGUUUUUUCGACAGCAGCCGAUGGUCAAACAAGUGUGGAAAUCAAUGUUCUUCAAGGCGAACGAGAAUUUGUUCGCGACAAUAAAUCUCUAGGAAGCUUUAGACUUGAUGGUAUACCGCCAGCGCCACGUGGGGUACCUCAAAUCGAAGUCAAGUUUGAUAUCGAUGCCAAUGGAAUUCUUUCCGUCACGGCUGUAGAUAAAGGAACCGGAAAGAAACAAGACAUUACAAUCACCGGUGCUAGCACUUUGCCUUCCGAUGAGGUGGAGAGAAUGGUGGCGGAAGCCGAGAAGUACGCAAAGGAGGAUAAAGAGAAAAGAGAAGCCAUCGAUACAAAGAACCAGGCGGAAUCAGCUGUAUACCAAUGCGAAAAGCAGCUUAAAGAAGUGGGAGAAAAGGUACCAAGUGAAGUGAAAGAGAAGGUGGAGGGGAAGUUGAAAGAGCUUAAAGAUGCUAUAUCUGGUGGGUCCACUCAGACCAUAAAGGAUGCCAUGGCUGCAUUGAACCAAGAAAUGAUGCAGUUGGGUCAGUCUAUUUAUAGCCAAGCUGGUGGUGCAGCGGCGGCAGCAGCUGGUGGUGAUGAGAGCGCUGGUAAGGCUUCUGGUGCUACCGAUGAUGGAGAUGGUGAAGUCAUUGAUGCAGAUUUCAGUGACAGUAAGUAAAUGGGGUAUAUGGUAGUGUUUGGCUAGUUGAUUCUGUUUAUGUAGGUGUGUUAAUCUGUAAAUAAUUACAUAUGUACGCGUUAAUUAAAUGUGUUAAUCACUGUUUGGUGAUACUCAUUUGUAUAGCAGUGUUAUUGUUUAACGA